UUUGGAUAUCGUGUGAUGUCAAAUUUUGUGCUGGAGAAGAAUCCGUCGCAGCUGAAGAUGUUGCCUCCUGACCGCGAAAAGGACAACGACAGUUGUAUCAAAUGUUGUGAUAUUUGCCGGAAGACCAUCUACAAUCAGAAAGAGUUUAUCAAGGAUACUAAAAAGCACAUGUGCGUGCCCUCCAACAGGAUGAGGCCGUAUUACGUUUUGACUGGAGUGGCACUAGUGUUUCUGUUCAGCAUAUUUACCUUCAUCAUAAUGUGGUACACAGACGUCUUCAACACGACAUUAGUAGCGACACGAGUACUAUCAAAUGAAAGCCAGGCCUUCGAGUGGUGGACAAGACCUCCAGUAAAGCCAGUUAUAAAAGUUCACAUAUUUAAUUAUACAAAUGUUGACCGAUGGAAGGCACGCAUGGAUGAAAAGUUGGUCGUAGAAGAUGUAGGACCCUACGUCUAUCAGGAAACUUUAGAGCGAAUCAACCCACGUUUUAGUUCUGAUGGGACAGUUACAUACCAGGAAAGGCGAAAGUAUCACUUCGUGCCAGAAAAAUCCACUGGACGGCAGUUUGAUCAGUUGCAUGUACCAAAUCUACCGUUCUUAAUUGCUUUGUCGAUGUCGAAAGGUUCUUAUUACGUGAUGCGAGUCGCGCUGGACGCGGUGUUACGUUCAAACAACGCGGGGCCGUUUAAGGUGUUGCCUGCGCAUAAAUUCUUGUGGGGCUACGAAGAUAAACUGGUAGAUAUGGCUAAGCCCUUUCUGAGUUUUAAGGAACCAUUACCAUUCGACAAAUUUGGCGUUUUGGCAAAUCGCAAUGGAACCUUGCCAGAUGUGAUAACGAUUCAUACUGGUGAACGUGGUAUGCAUCAGAUAGGCGUAAUUUCAAAAUACAAUGGCGAAAGCAAGAUGGCACAUUGGGGAACAGAAGAAUGUAAUAGAAUUGAUGGCACAGAUGGCAGCGCUUUUCCACCUUCAAUGGUUGAUAAGAAGAAAACUCUUUAUAUCUACAACAGUAUAAUGUGUAGAAGAUUUCCUCUAGUUUUUGAUGAAGAAGUUAAUGUGAUGAAAGAUAUUCCUGCAUUACGAUAUCGUGCACCCGAGAAUGUGUUUGCGCACCCCGACAGCAAUCCUAACAACCAAUGCUACUGCCACAUGGACAGCGGCAACUGCCCGCCCACUGGAAUUUUCAAUGCCACGCCUUGUGCUUACGGAGCUCCGAUUUUUGCAUCGUUCCCGCAUUUCUAUAUGGGUGACCCAGACCUCUUGGAACCAUUCGAAGGCUUAAAUCCCGAAGAAGAAAAACAUAGUACGUUCAUUGACUUACAUCCACGAUUGGGUUUCCCGCUUGCAGGAGCAUCCAGAUUCCAGUUAAACAUUCAAGUCCAAAAAUCCUCUGGUAUAUCCGGAAUUGAAAGAUUCAAAGACAACAUGUAUCUUCCAGUAAUUUGGAUCGAAUUCACUGUCGAUGAAGAUGACCUAUCUCAAGAAAUUCGUGACAUGAUUUACCAUAGUUCGUUCAGUGCCGACGCCGCCCAGGCUGGUCUUCGUUACGGAUCCCUUCUGGCUUGCUUGGCCUCCCUUACAGCCCUUGUGGCAUUACUAAUGAAGAGGAAAAGAGCAUUUUGUGGACAAGAAGGCGCAUAA